AAUUCAGAGUCUGAGCUUCAGUCAGCCCAGGAACCCAUGGAAUUGUUAGUGGACCUUUCCCUCAGAGAUACCUUGAGAGCAAAGCAAUUUCUUUCUUUCCUUCGGAGUAAGGUUGAGCAGAGCUUUGGCUCCUUGCACCUCUGCUGCAGAGAUUUGCAGAUUGAUAAAAUGUCUGCCCACAGAAGUAUCCUGCAGUUUCUGGAUCUGGGAUGCGUUGAUCACCUGGAUGUGGGUGAGGCAGAUCUGAGUGAAGUCACCACCCUUUUGGCUCGGACGAUCCACCUGGACAGCCUUAGUCUGUAUAACAUCGCCUUUAAAUCUUGUCAGAGGAAAAACUUCAGAACUUUUCUCAACCGGCUUGGGCAGCUGGACAACCUCCAGAAGCUCAUCUUGUCUUUCUUCCACCUCACAGAUCAACUGCACAAACUGCUCAGAGUUCUGCCGCCUCAGUUGGAUACAUUGUGUCUACCUCUCUGUGGCCUGUCUGACAGAGAUGUCACUGUCCUGUCCCAGAGCUCUCAGGCCACCCACCUAAGGCUGUUGAAUCUCAGUGACAACCAGAUAUUCUCGGAAGAUUAUGAGCCCUUCCAGACUCUGCUGGAGAAGGUCUCAGGCACCCUGCAGCAUCUGGAGAUGAGUAAUUGCCUGAUAACUGACUCCGCUCUCUCUGCUGUCCUCCCAGCCCUGAGCCAAUGUUCCCAUCUCCGUGUCCUUAGCUUUGCCUUCAACCCCAUUACGAUGCCUGUGCUCACGAGCCUUCUGCAGCACUUGGCAUCCUUGAUGGAGCUGAAGCAUGUAGUUUAUCCUGUGCCUGUCCAUUGCUAUGAACAGUGGAAUUUUCGUGGCAGUUUGGACCCACGGAAACUUGCCGAAGUGCAGGCCCAGGUGAAGGCAAUGCUGCAGGCGGUACAGCGGGACGACAUGACCUGGAGCACUUGUGCUGAGUGA